AUGGUCAUUAUUAAAGACAUUGAGAUUUUUAGUCUCUAUGAGCAUUAUCUUGUACCUUUUACUGGAAAGAUGCACAUUGGUUACAUUCCCUCCAACACCGUCAUUGGACUCUCUAAGCUCUGCCGAAUCGCCGAGAUAUUCUCUCGUUCCAGCCACCUGUGCAUAGUAAUACGCGGUAUUGAAAAGACGAGCACGACGACUUUAAUAAGCUGUAUACUAGGAUGUUUUGAGACUAAGAGUGAGACGCGAUAUGAGUUUCUACAUCUGGUCGGCAUGAACCGGUAG